UUUGGAAAGAAGGGACCCAUGCCCUAACUUGGUAGGAAUCUGUAAUCAGCGGAUGGGAGAGGCUACCUGCACAUCAGCGUCAUUUUCUCCGAAAUUACCUGGUUGCGAAAUUCCGAAAUUUUACAGUCUUGCCGUGAACACUUAAGACAUAUUUUUUGUCGAGAGGAAGCACACGGGAUUAUUUAUUGGAAUUUUUAUACAGGAGGGUUUGACUCUGAUGGAGGUUUAUAGGUACUUGCGCGUGGGAGCUAUUAUUCUCGUUCUCCAGGCACUCUUGUAUGCAGUUUCUGAACAUACACCAUGCACACCGGGCUUUGAUUCAGAGCUCUAUAUAUUCAAAGUCUACAGAGUUAAUCUUCACAUUGGCAGGAGGCUUGGUAAAGUUGUUUUCAAUGACUGCACAGGCCGCACACAAACUGUCUUCAACUCGGUGGAUACGCGAUUUAAAGUGGACAUGGAUGGAACGGUGAAGCUGAAGAGACAAGUGACUCUGCAUGACGGACACAAGAGGUUUUCUGUUCAUGCGUGGGACUCCCAAGGCAGAAAGCACACAGUGGCUCUGCGUGUGGAGCUUGACCAGCCUCGCCACAACCAACACCAUCACCUGCACCACCCCCACCAGGUGGACUUGCUCCAGCCCACACAGCCCAAUGUGACUGAGGCAGUCCCAACUGUGCCAGUCCUGCUGUUUCCAAAGUCAUUUGGUGGUCUAAGAAGGAGGAAGAGGGAUUGGAUCAUCCCUGACAUCAAACAGGCUGAGAACAGUAGAGGCCCUUUUCCAGAAAUAUUGGUGCAGAUUAAAACCAGCCAUUCAAAGGAGCUGACGGUCAUUUACAGCAUUACUGGUGCAGGGGCAGACCAACCCCCUGUGAACCUUUUUACAAUUGAUGCAGAAACUGGAACGCUUUACAUCACUCAGCCUUUGAACAGAGAAGAAAAGGCUCAAUAUUUGCUCUUUGCCCAUGCGGUGUCAGUUGGUGGUUCUAAAGCAGAAGAGCCCAUGGAACUCAAAGUCAUUGUAAUAGACCAAAAUGAUAACAAGCCUGUCUUUGCACAAAAUCCCUUCCUGGGAAGUGUUGCAGAAGCAUCAAAAAUAGGCACUGAGUUUAUAGAAGUUGUUGCCACCGAUGCUGAUGAGCCCAAAAAUGCGAACUCUGACGUCAGAUAUCAAAUUCUGAGUCAAGAUCCACUUGUGCCAAACAACGUCUUCUCCAUCAAUCCUGUCACAGGAAAAAUCAUGGUGAACUCUGCAGGGCUUGAUAAAGAGAAAAACUCAGUGUACACUUUGGAAAUCCAAGCAGCUGAUAUGGAAGGAACGGGUCUAACAGCCUUCUGCAAAGCAAUAAUCACUGUAACUGACAGCAAUGACCUGGCUCCGCAGUUUGAGCAGCUUCUGUACACGGUGUCUGUCCCUGAGAAUAAAGUGGGCGAAAUAGUGGUGAAGAUGCAUGUAACAGACGGAGAUGAUCCCAACACCCCUGCCUGGGCAACGAAAUUCAAGAUCAUCAGCGGAGACAGUGGGGGGAUGUUCAGCAUCACGACAGGCCCCAACAAACAGGAGGGCAUCAUCACUACAGCCAAGCCUCUGGACUUUGAAGCCAUUUCCAAGUACACACUUGUGGUAGCUGUGGAGAAUGAAAUCGAUUUUGUCAUGCCUCUGCCAACAUCCACUGCUCAGGUGGUGGUCAAUGUUGUGGAUGUCAAUGAGGCUCCCUUCUUCAGUCCAGCAGAGAAGAGAAUUUCCCAGCCUGAAAAUGUCCCAAAAGACACCAACUUAGUCUUAUACUCAGCCUCUGAUCCUGACACGGCCAAGAAUCAGAAAUUGACGUACAAAGUAAUCAGUGAUCCAGCUGGUUGGUUGAGCGUCGUCAAGGAAACCGGAAUGAUUCAAGUAAAGAGUGACAUGGACCGCGAAUCUAUCUUCGUAAAAGACGGGCAGUACAAAGCUCUCAUUUUGGCUAUGGAUGAUGAUAUCAUCCCCGCCACCGGCACUGGAACUCUCAUAAUUCAGUUGGAUGAUGUGAAUGACAACGCUCCAGCAAUUGUGGAGAUGGAGGUGAAGUUUUGCAAUGACGAGACUGUUCCUGUGCUGCUCACAGUAAUCGAUAAAGAUGAUGUAGGGAACGGUGCUCCUUACCGCGUGGAGCUGAAAGGGGAAUCGGCCAGUAACUGGACUGCGCGGAUGAAUGACACAAAAACUGGCAUUAUACUCAAAAUGAAACCCAAGUUGAAGGAAGCGACAUACAGUGUACGGUUAACGGUUAGUGACAACCAUGGCUUGGCCCGAAUAAGCACUGUGGAAGCCACAGUGUGUAACUGCAAGGGAGCCACAGUUGAAUGCCAGAAUAGCGAUCGCAUCAACGAAGGUGGAAUUCCGCUUCCUGUUAUCCUUGGAAUCUUGGGUUCCAUCCUGGCCCUGCUAUUGUUGGUGCUGCUCCUGUUCAUGUACAUGAGGAGGAAGAGUAAUGUGAAGAAGGAUCCUCUCCUUCCAGAGGACGACCUCAGGGACAACAUCUACUACUAUGAUGAGGAAGGUGGAGGAGAAGAUGACCAGGAUUAUGAUUUGAGUGUGCUGCACAGAGGCCUGGAUAACCGGCCUGAAAUAUUUAGGAAUGAUGUGAUUCCCACCUUCAUGCCUGCACCACAGUACCGUCCCCGCCCUACCAACCCUGAGGAUAUUGGGAACUUUAUCGAUGAUAAUCUGAAGGCGGCUGACGAUGACCCCACAGCCCCACCGUACGACUCGCUGCUAGUGUUUGACUACGAGGGCACGGGCUCCGAGGCUGACUCCCUCAGCUCCCUCAACUCCUCCAGCUCCGGAGAUGACCAGGACUACGACUGUCUCAACGAGUGGGGCGCACGCUUCAAGAAGCUGGCUGACAUGUAUGGAGGAGGAGAGGAUGAAUAAGGGGAUUCAGCCUUUUAAAAGAAACAACUGUCAAGCGUCUCAAACCAAAUCCACUCUUGCACACUGGUGUUCAUCUUCAGCUACAAGGACGUUUGCUUUGUUUGUUUGUCUUUUUUUACUCCGAUGGUGAGCUUGUUCUUGACCUUUUUUCAUUUGAAAUGAUAACGGUAUUGCAAGGGCAAGCUCGCUUCUCUAGCACUGAUAGGCAUUUGAAUUGAAACAGGGCACUAAGUGGAAUUGCUCCUCAGAUGGUAUACAGCCUUUAUUGUACUCGGGUUGGCUAAAUGUUUUUGUAUCACAAUUUGUUGUUAAUGUUCCUGUUGUAAGCAUUUUUGUGUCUCAUAGGCUUAGAGGUAUUAAGACAAAAAUGCUUUUUUUCAAAUCAGUUUUGUAUUGGUAAAAAAAAAUGUUUUGUAUCACUCAGUUUGUGAAUCAUUUUCCUCCGAUUUUGUUUCUCAUAAUGCUUAAUUUCUUUUUGGAACGUGCCUUUUUCGUUCAGAUUGAGGGUGACACUGUAAAUAUUUUAUGAAAUAAAUAUGCCCAAGCUUA